AUGUCUGGAAUUGGCGGGGCAAACAACCAGCGUAAAUCGCUAAGGCGAAAACCCCCACCAGCAAUGGACGAUUUUGAAUUGAAACCUACAGACCAUGCGGCUCCUCCACCAUUUGUGGGUAAUGUUCUGUCAUCUACUUCAAACCAGGAACCCUUUCCAGAUUAUCAGUUUGCUAAGACUUACGCUCAAAAUAUGCCUCCAGAACGGUCACCGAUGGAAAUCAACACCAAUUUCGUGAGACCAGAUACAACAUUCACAUAUGAGGAAGAUUACCUAUCACACGAAAGCCCACGACCAAUGGGUCCUAAACUGUUGCCUUUUGACGACUACAUGCCUCAGCUACAAAUUCCUGAACGCCCGAAGCCAAAUGGCGAAACUGGAACCGGACAUAGUGGGUAUUCCUUCGAUUCAUUGGCAGGUGGAAAUGACAGUCGAAAUAGCCAAUAUUCUUAUGAUAAUUACGAUGGUGAUUUGAUCCAGGAGGACCAUUUCAAAUCCAGAUCCCAAGGUGAGAAUUCUUUCUUCGAUUAUUCACUGCGCGUUGACUACUCUCGAGAAGAUGCUUCCCACAAUUUCCAGGACGCUUCUAAGAUACUUCUGAGUGAUCAUAACGCCACAUAUGAGGAAUAUAGAGCCCUCAAUAAUGCUACUUACACUUACAAUGAUACUAGGAUCUCCUCUCAGGAAACCUACAAAGCCACUCACAGGAUUUCUUCCCAGGACACUUACAAAGAGACUUACAAAGACAACUACAACGAGUCUUACUUCCAAUAUGAGAGCCGUGACAACGAAAUUGAACCUCACGACUCGAAUGGAUCCCAAGGUCUGUCUUCUUACGAAUCGAAUCAAUACGAUAGCUUAGGGCCCUCUCGAGGGCAGCAAAGAAAUUUGCUCGAAAGACAUCCUCCACAAACUGACCCCUACAAACAGAUUGAUCCUAAUUCCUCCUUCACACACACUAAUGCUGUCAACAUGUCUCUCCCAGAGUCACUCGAGCCUAACACAAGCCAUUUAGAUACUCCAGCAUCUAAUGGAAUUUCAAGAUCCCCCAUUUCUAUCGAUUCAGGAAGAAGCAGGUAUAGAGUGAGACACUUCCAGAAUCUGGGGUCAGAAGUAUCUCCAUUUGAGGACCAACCUACCGAUGGAAGCGAAGAAGCUGGUGUUGCAACACCACCUUUCCUACGAAAACGUCAGUCAGUUGCCUCAGCUAUAUCCACUCACAGCCGGAACAGAUCGUCUGUAGGAUCCAGUCUUUCUGCUAAUAAUGCCCCUUAUCCGGUUGAAUCGGAAUUAUUCGAUUCUGAUGAUCUGACUGACCAGGAUUACUCCUCCGCGUCCCGUUUGCCAAACCAAGGUACCCCUUCAAGAAUUCCAACUCUCGUGGACGACCUUUCACGAACGAAAUCGUUCGCUGCGACGCUAAGCAGCUCUCCAGAGUAUAAAUUCCUCCGAAGGGCUCCCACCAAUAGAUCUCUUUCCUCGUCUCCUGAACUGCAGAAUUAUUCCAGUCCUCUGAGCUCUCCUUCAAAAGCUCUGUCUUUUCGGAGUCCGUUAUUUUCCCACACAUAUUCAAAUUACGUCAAUGGUAGUCGUUCUAGCCGGUCUCCGUCUCCUAAGAAAUAUGGAGAGUCGCCACCACGCACGUUACUUUAUCCUACCGAAGACUUCGUUGAUGACUUCUGUAAUGAUUCCCACUUCCGUACUCCUGAUUGGAGUUUGAUUGAACAUGACUACCCGGAUAUUGAUGAUUCUUAUUUACCCUCACCGUCCACCUUUGACUAUGAUAACCUUCCGGUGAUUCCAAAGCAAGACAUUGAAACUCCCAACAGAAACGUCACUCUUAAGUCCACCAUGUCCAUGUUCAGGAAGAGUCAGCAGAUUUCAAAAUACGACGAUACUCUUCCUCCGAUUCCUCUCGAUUUGCCGCUGUUACCCUUCUCUUCUUCAGCUUUGACAACGCUGCAUUACGCAGCUUGUAAGAAUGUGUGGUCUAUGAAAGAGGUGUUUGCUUGGUGUAUUGGGCUCAGUGGCUGGCUCCACGAUAACGAUAUAUCUCAGAAAGAAUUCAGAAAGGCUCUAGUUGAACUUGUCGUUUUUCACAAAAGACAUAUUCCUAUCGACUUGAUCAGUCGGAACGUCACACAAUUAAUCUCCAGUUUCAAAGAAGCGGGCGUGAUUUUCAUUAACCCUAAACUCGACGGAAACGGCGUGCCUCAAAAUCAGAAAGACCUUUAUGUAACUAUCGAUGUUAACGGCAAAAUUAGUGGAGUGUUGGUGGACUUGACUGAUUGUUACUGCAAUGACAAAGAGCACUCAUUGAUUCCAAGCAAAGAAAAGCUAUGGAAGUGCUGUUCAUCACGGUGUCAGCUCAACAAGACCAUUGAACAUGAAUAUCGUAUGAAGCACACAAACAUUGCUGACUUGAAGUUAGGUGCAGAUUGGGCAAACCAUUGGCAAUUGACAGCAGAAGAUGUUAAUUUGGAUCUUUCAAUUUCCAAAAGACAAUCACUCAUUUUUGAUCUCAUUAAGCUUGAGCAAACAUUUAUUAACAGAGCUGAAUGUUUCAUAUACAUUGCUGCACCGCAGUUUGUUAACGCAGUAAAACUUUUUGCUGGCCAAAGCAAUAUCGCCCUGGCGAAACUCAUGGAUGAUAUCAUUAAGCCAGCAACGGAAUUGGUGAAAAUCCACCGAAAUGUGUUGUUUGAGCCUUUGCUCAGAAUCUUAAUAGCUGAUGGAAGACUCAUUUUGAAUAUUGGUGAAAUAUCAAGACUUUAUGAGGAAUGGGCAACGGUUGCACGAGCGCCAUUAUUGAGUUACAUGAGUACAGUACCCAUGAUCGAAGAUCUCUUAAGGCUCGAGUCUCUCAAAGCGUGGGAUGAACCUUUGAGGAACAAUCCGAAAAUCAAAGAGUUACAAGUCAACGGCAACCUACUUUUGAUGAGUACAUUCAACUCACGUUAUCAGCAGUUACCUCUUCAAUUGGCUGAUAUCAGAAAGUCAUUUGAGGAACAUGGAGAAGAAUAUGUUAAUCUCACGAAAGCAAUUGAUGCAAUAAAGAAGUUAGGAAAACGAGUGAAUGAAAUGAAGGUCCAUGCUGACAAUAUUCAUUCAUUGCAAAUGCUCCAGAAGCAGCUCAAGUGGAAGUCCAACAUUAUUCAACCUAACGUCAAUCUCAGUCUGGAGAAGAGAAAAUUCUUUUUCAGAGGUGACGUCUCAAGGAAAGGAGAUUUGAGGAUCAAUUUACACACUGUUCAUUUAAUUGUGUUGGAUAAUUAUCUUCUCAUUACUGAGAGGGUGAGAAGUCAAAAGGCACUCAAUUUCAAGGUUGUUGAACCUCCAAUCCCCGUUGACUACAUAAUUCUCGAGAAUAGAGAGAAAGAAAGCAGCAUUGCUUCGCGUGUGUCGACAAAUCCCAACAUUUCGAAACAGGAAGCGGACGAGGAGCUGGCAAGUUAUCCAUUUAAGAUUCGAUAUGCUGGCCGAGGCAAGGGCCAAUCUUAUACUUUCUUAGCGCCCAGUGAAAAUGCUCGAAAGGGAUGGUUUGCGGUGUUCGAAAAAGCACGAUCUAACAUGUUGAAGCAUGUUCUUCCGUUGACUCCGUAUGCCUUGAAAUUGAUUGACAAUUCUUAUUUUGCAUAUGAGCAAGCCAACCGCAUCACCAAGUUACCAAUUCUUCCACCAAAUGAUCCAGUUUCGAUACUUGCAAGAGGAAGCACUACCAGUAUGAAGAACCGAGGCGUCCCUCGUGACAUCUACGCUCAAGGAAUUACCAAGAAUCAACUUGCCUACAAAAAGAUUCUUUGUGCUGAAAAGACUGAAGUGUCUGGAACGCAAUUCACCUUCUUGGGCCUGAGCAAUGGAGUUUAUUGUUCAGACAUGAAAAACAGGUGGAAAAUGAUCAUCAAUAUGACUAAUGUGACCAAGGUAACUGUUCUUCCAGCAUUUAAUAUCAUUAUUGUCUUAGGGAACAAGAGCUUGCGAUACUUUCCGUUGCAAACCUUAAUUGAUAUCUACUACGAGCGCACAGAUAAGACAUCAUCAUUCCAGUUAGGUGACAAUGCAGUUUUGUUCUACGAAGUGGGUCGUCAUAGGGGUAUUCCAACCGUUUUCGUCGCUGACAAAAAGACUGCCAGCAGCACCAAUUUCGUGGUCUAUGCUUUUGAAACCGAUAAUAACGGAAUCUUUAGCUCUUUUAGAGAAAUCAAGAAGUUCUACAUCCAAGCCGAGUGUUACGGUAUCUCAGUAUUCAAUUCUUCCGUGGCAAUCCACACUCAGAGAGGAUUUGAAAUCUUGGAUCUUCAAAAGCUAGCACCCAGAACAGUACCCGAAUUACAAGCACCCGAACAGACCAACAAGAAGGUGGAUGGCUACAGCCGCAAACCUGCGCAGGGAGUCGAUGCCAUUCGGAAAAUCAUUUCCCAUCCCACAGUCAGGCCCAUGGGAAUGUUCAAGUUAGCCAACGACAAAGAGUUUAUGAUGGUAUACAAUGAGUGUGUCAUCUUCGUGAACAAGACAGGAAAGCUUUCCAGAACCGACAUUAUGAGAUUCGAUUUCCGACCACGAAGCAUUUCCGUUCACGAAAACAACCUAUUUGUGGUAUGUGAAGAGGUGAUACAGGUAUGGUCCAUCAGCGAUCAAGUUCACGGUACCAAUAAGUUAAUCCAGGUUAUCCCAAGCAAAGACAUAAGUUUGCUUAAUACCCAGCAACUUUUGUUCGGAAUGGCCCAUCCUCGGAUAUCGGGCUUACAAAUCUCAUUUUGUUUGGAACCAAAACCAAACGGUAUCCCCACUAGCUAA